GCAGUGACUGCCGGACCACCCCCUCGUUGCAGGCCCCCAAACAAUGAGCCAGAACCGGCCAUCGGCCUUCUCAUCACUCAGAAUGGGCGAAGUUAUCCGCGAAAAGGUCCAGGACGGCCAGACGGGAGAAUACAAGGAUUUGGCGUACACGCAAUGCAAGAUUGUGGGUAACGGCUCGUUCGGUGUCGUCUUCCAGACCAAGCUCUCACCUAGUGGAGAGGAUGCCGCCAUCAAGCGGGUGCUACAAGACAAGCGCUUCAAGAACCGUGAAUUGCAGAUCAUGCGCAUCGUCAGGCAUCCAAACAUUGUCGAGCUAAAGGCCUUCUUUUACAACAACGGCGAGCGGAAGGACGAAGUCUAUCUUAACCUCGUGCUUGAGUAUGUCCCUGAAACCGUCUACCGAGCAUCGCGCUACUUCAACAAGAUGAAGACUGUUAUGCCCAUCCUCGAAGUCAAGCUCUACAUCUACCAGCUUUUCCGUUCGCUCGCCUACAUCCAUUCACAGGGCAUCUGCCACAGAGAUAUUAAGCCCCAAAACCUCCUCCUGGACCCAUCGACUGGCGUCUUGAAGCUGUGCGAUUUUGGAAGCGCGAAAAUUCUGGUAGAGAACGAGCCAAACGUGUCGUACAUUUGCUCGCGAUACUACCGUGCGCCUGAGUUGAUCUUUGGGGCGACCAAUUACACCACCAAGAUUGAUGUGUGGUCAACUGGCUGUGUCAUGGCAGAACUCAUGCUCGGCCAGCCGUUGUUCCCUGGCGAGUCUGGGAUUGAUCAGCUCGUAGAAAUCAUCAAGGUUCUCGGAACGCCCACUCGCGACCAGAUCCGUACCAUGAACCCGAACUACAUGGAGCACAAGUUCCCCCAGAUCAAGCCCCAUCCGUUCAGUAAGGUAUUCAGGAAGGCCGACCCUAAUGCGAUCGAUCUGAUCUCGAAACUCCUGGAGUAUACACCAACUCAGAGGUUGUCAGCUAUCGACGCCAUGGUGCACCCCUUCUUUGACGAGUUGAGGGAUCCAAGCACCCGUCUGCCAGACUCGCGACACCCCAACGGAGCGACACGGGACAUGCCUGAACUCUACAACUUCACCCUCCAUGAACUUUCCAUUGCGACCCAUCUCAACCAGCAGCUGGUUCCACAACACAUCCGCCCUGCAUUGGCCUCCCGUGGUCUCGAUUUCGAAUCGCCGAACUUCAAGCCAUUAACGAAGGAUCAAAUGCUGGCAAGGCUGGAUUAA